AAUGCAAAAAGGAACAAGUUAUCACUUUGCUUCCGGCCAAGAAGACAUCAAGUCUGAGUUGAAGAGUUUUGUAGUUCUCCUCAAGCAGCUUUUUUUCAGUUAGUUUAAAAAAAUGAGGAAACGGCUCAUUCAGGUAUUUGGCUUCUUGAUCUCGUCAUUGGGAUGGCUGUUUGUGCUGUGUACCAUGGCCAUGGACUACUGGAGGAUCAGCCAAAUUGGAGGACAAGGAGGCUCCUUCAUCAUCAAGGUGGCCUGGUACUGGUCCAACUUGUGGAAGGACUGUUUCACCGAUUCCACAGCAAUAACAAACUGCAGAGACUUCGCAGUGCUCUGGAGUGUCACCCCGUACAUCCAGGGAGUGCGGGGCCUAUUAAUGUGCGGUCUAACUCUUGGAUUCUUUGCUGUUGUAUUCUGCUUUGCUGGGAUGGAGUGCACUUACAUAGGUGGAGCUGAGAAAACUAAGGACAAAUUGGUUUUUGCUGGAGCCGUCUUUCAUGUGGCUGGUAGUGUGUCAGAUCUCGCUGCCUACUGCUUAUACAUCAACAGGAUCGCCAGAACUGCCUUUGCUGCUAGUUUAGCACCUGGAGUUUUAAGGUAUGACCUCGGACCCCCCAUAUUUCUCGGAUUAGUCGGGUGUUUCCUCAUUAUCUUGGGGGCUGUGCUCUACGCUGCAACAGUCUACCAAAUAAUCUUCCCUGAAAGUAAAGUGAUAUACGCCUAUGGCUCCCGCACAUACAUGGACCCCCGCUCCAGAGGAAGAUCCAUGUACACCGGAUACUACAGACCCUCCAGGCAAUACGGAUAUUACAUGGGCUCAGGAAAAUCUAGCAGCUCCAAGAUCUCUAAUAUUUCUCAGACGACGCCGGAGAAACUGUCACAAAGAGAUGCAUUUGUGUAGAAGUUCAAACAUCUUUUUUAUAUACUGUUCUGUACAUAGAGUUUUAUUCUAACACUGUCUCUGCUUUGUCUUUACUGCACACUAGUACUUCUUGCAUUUUUGUAUCCGUUCCUUUCAGCUUGUAGCCAUGGACCAGCAGCUAAAUAUGCACAAAAUACACCAACUUUUGUUUACUAUUCCACUUAUUUACCUUGUGAAUGUAACUAAGCUACACUCUCAAAAAUAGAGGUACGAGAUCAGAACAUUUAUGUACCUAUAAGUAUAUUUUUUAAGAAUGUUCUCUCAAAAGCACAAUAUUGGUCUUUAGGAGACCAGAAUUGCACCUUUGGACUAU